CUAUAUACCAGUUCUGGAGGCCCCAAAGCAAGAUUGCAUAAACUUUUCUUACCUUGACCUAUCAUUACGAGACUCACCUUCCCAUGUGUCAACAUCAUAACGCAACCACUGGGCUUACUGAGGCGAAACUCUCUGUAAAGCCAAGGACUCUCUACCAAAGGAUGGCAGAUCUUGUCACACACACACACCUUCCAGACCUAUCGUGACGCAAAAGUCGAUAUCGGAAAUCUACAUGAUCUGCUCAAAGGAACAUGUCCCAAGGCAUCAUGCAAGAAGACUUAACAACGACAACAUACCACAACCGAAGCAUUAUAACGUUCGCGAAGAGCUGCAGUCUAUCUCCCGCCUAUCAGACUCUGCUUGUAUGACUUCUACCGAGUCCUUUUCUACUAUGAAAGCAAUGUCAGAUGGGUCUUGUUCAUCUGGCCGUGAAAGAUGUGUCAGCCCUGCGAGUAUCGGUCAUGCUGAUCCAAGUUCCACACUGCCAAGUCCCAGUCGUAUCUCUCUAGACGAGCAAUACAUAGCUGCUACUUUUGAAUGCGUUGAGCCACUGCGCUCCAUCAGCUCUUCAGGUCCUACCCGCUGUGAUAUGCAAGGUCAUGGGGCGGUAGAUGUGAUCACCGAAUCCAAGAAUCCCGGCACCGAUGCAAGGGCUCCUGGUUUCGGGCAUCUAAGAGGCGGUGCUGAUCCGGAACCUGCCUCAGAUCCGACUUCAGUCCCGCCGGCUUCACUUGUACCAAAGGAACCGGCCAGGAUUCCUCGGGCUCUCUGGCUGUUUGCCGCUAAUCGACUCGGCUACAAGGCCCAUGCGCCUACUAUUAACCGGUACAUCGAGGUCGAGAAGAAGCGAGCGGAGAAAAAAGUGGCAGACCAGAAGAAAUGGGCCGAACAAGUCGCACAGGAAGCACUCGCUAAAGCAAAGCGCAAAGAUGCAGAGACGCGCGGCCAGGAAUUGCUCCGACAGAAAGGUGGUAUCCUCGGAUUGAUGUUUGGCCAGGUCAGAGGUGGCGGGGAUGUAGAGCCGCCGGACGGAUAUCAUACACCGGACGAAUACCAUCCGCCGAAGGACCUCCGGCAAGACUUGAACAGAAGACCGAUCGACCCGCAAAGUCGCGUGCCCAACUAUGUAUGGUAUCUCGCAGGCGGGCGCGGACCUACGCCCACGUGGGAAGACUAUAUCAAGUGGCGCGAGUGCCGCCGAAGAGGCCAAAAGUGGGAGCCUGGUCAGACGGGCCAGCAGCAGAAGGUCAAGCCAAGGUCAAGGCCAAGCUUCAUGGAGAAUCUGAUUAGGGGAUUGUUUUGUAUGAAGCCAAGGCACUAAGUAUAUGGCGAUGUGUAUGUACUGACAAGUCGAAUGCAGCGAAAGCUUUGCAUUGUAGGGCUUGAAGCGCUUCGAUUGACAUGCAUAUGUAGUUAUGCCAUAUCUCGACGAUUGGCAUGGACAUCUAGGUGUAUUAUAUGUAUCCAAUCACUGACAU